AUGGUUUCAGCGUACACUGCCUUUGGUAUUGUCCUGGUCUUUGCACUUGGAGCAUGCUAUCUGUUAGGUCUGGGCUCCAGACCAAAGGAUCUCCCACCAGGCCCUCCUACUCUGCCAAUUAUUGGCAACUUACAUCAGAUUCCUAGCAAGGACGAAUACCUCCUGUUCACCAGAUGGGCCAAAGAAUAUGGGCCUAUAUACAGCAUCAUGGUUGGCAGUCAACCCUUGAUUGUCCUAUCCAGUGUGGAAGUCGUUAAGGACUUGCUUGACAAGCGUAGUGCCAUCUACUCUGAUCGUCCCGAGGCAUAUGCAGCAAAACAUGCUCCCAUCAGCAAGCUCCGCCUGGUGUUCAUGGUGACCUNNUAUACCCCUCUGUGGCGUAAAUUGCGCAAGGUGACCCACAGUCUCUUGUCUAUCAAGGUCGUGAAGAAUUAUGAUCCCUACCAGGAGUUGGAACGCAAGCAGAUGCUGGAUGAGAUCCUUGAGCACCCUGACGAUAUUUUCUCUUCCCUGCAGAGAUACACAACUUCGCUCACUGCUACUCUUCUAUUCGGUUGGAGAGCUCCGUCGACCACCGAUUCCAGAAUCCACAAGCUUGAUCACGAGCUGACCGUUCUGCAGCACGCUCUUGGUACCGGAGCUGCUGCAUUGCUCAAUGCCUUCCCUGUUUUGAGAUUCCUGCCUGACGCUAUUCUUCCGGUCAAAGGGAGGGUUCAUCAUGCGCUGCAGGUAGGUCACGAAGUGCACAUGGAGAAUUGGUUUGCGGUCAAGCAAAGCAUGAAAAAUGGAACUUCUGGCCCCUGUAUGAGUGUUGGACUUGCCAGAGCACAAGAUAAAGAUGGUAUAUCGGACAUCGAAGCUGCGUACACAGUAGGCAACAUCUUCGAAGGUGGUAUGGAGACCACAUCAGCUACUUUGUAUGCCUUCAUCCAAGCCAUGGUACUCACCCCUGAGGUUCAAGCAAAAGCACAGGAAGAACUCGACAGGGUAGUUGGAAGUCACCGCUUACCAGUAAUGGCUGAUGCAGCUAACCUACCCUACAUCAGAAGAUGUGUCAAGGAGCUGGUACGCUGGUUCCCAGUCGGACCUCUUGGAGCUGUACCUCACGCCUGCACCCGCGACGAUGAGUACAUGGGUUAUAGGAUUCCCAAGGGAGCACCCAUCAUAUUGAAUGCAUGGGCAAUCAUGACCGAUCCAGACCGAUACACAGAGCCCCGCCGCUUCAAUCCGGAUCGCUUCACCGAGGACAGCGACAACAUGUCCAUGCCUGAGAUGGCCGCUCACUCUGAUCCAGACAAAAGAGAUACAGUCGGUUUCGGAGCCGGUCGGCGUAUCUGUCCUGGCAUGCAUGUCGCUGACCGAAGCUUAUUUCUCGGUAUUGCUGGGAUUCUGUGGUCGUUCGCAAUCACGCCGAAGAAGGACGUUCAAGGUCGAGACAUGCUGCCAGACCCAGACAACCUGAUUGUUGGUGGUAUUGCAGCUAGACCCGAGCCAUUUGAAGCAAACAUACUGCCUCGUGAUGAGAAGAGAGCACGUAUCAUUAGGGAAGAAUGGGAGGAUGCACAAAAGCUGCUUGACUCUGAUACUCAGCAGUGGAAGGAGGUGCCUAAAGGUGAUUGGGACGCUUCUCUCAAGUUGUAG